AUGGAGGAGCAGCUGAAAGAGAUCGAGGGGUUGCUCGAGACAACCACCAAUGCCGGCGAGAACGAUGAGAGCUCGCCGGUGCAGAACCUCAAAAAGUACGUGAAACUCGCGCUACCGCACGUCGCUCUUGUGGCCGUCGUGUGCUUGUACGCGAUCGUCGGCGCUUACAUCUUCUAUCGUCUCGAAUCGCCCAACGAGGAUCGCCUCAAGGCCAUUGGAAAGCGGACCAUCGCCGAAAUGCGCACCAGUCUAAUUAGCAAAAUUAAUUCUGAAGAGAACAACGACAUCUGGAGAGAUGAGCUCGGCGCGGAGCUCAUGCUCUACAGCGACAAGCUCUACAAGGCGUUCAAAGAGCAAUAUGUUAGGUAUUCAGACGUGAAAAACAUAGGCAUUGAGAUACGAAGCAGCGAUGACGACGAGAACGAUCGAAAACGGCGGCAUCGACACGGCAAAACACGAUCGGAGAAGAGCGAGAAGAUGUGGACGGCGAGCAGCGCGCUGUUCUUCGCCGCCACCACAAUGGCGACAAUCGGCUAUGGGAAUAUUGUGCCGGCGACGUCGUCGGGUCGAAUCGCGUGCGUCAUCUUCGCUCUGUUCGGCGCCCCGCUAGCCAUCAUCACCAUCGGAGAUCUCGGCAAAUUCCUCUCGGAGUGCACGAUUUGGCUGUACAAGCAUAUGCGUCGAAGCGGCCUUCAAUUCCAGGUGAUGAUGCGCCGAUUCCGCGGUCAGGAGCUCAGCCUAACCGAUUUGGAGUCGGCGGAUCGCCGCAAAAACUCGCAGGAGCCCGACUCGUCGUCGUUGGAUUGGGAGGAUCUCGUCAUCGACAAAACCGAGGUGCCCGUCCUCAUGGUGUUCACAAUUCUCCUACUGUACAUAGCGUUCGGCGGAAUAUUGUUCUCAAUUCUCGAAGACUGGUCCUACAUGGAUGCCUUCUAUUACUCGUUCAUAUCACUCACCACUAUCGGCUUCGGCGACAUCGUUCCCGAGAAUCACGACUACAUUGUGAUAAUGCUCAUCUAUCUCGGCGUCGGCCUCUCCGUCACCACCAUGUGCAUCGAUCUCGUCGGCAUUCAGUACAUUCAGAAGAUCCAUUACUUUGGCCGAAAGUUCCGCGGCACCGAUCUUCUCCAUUUGCUGAAACGCAAGCGGAUGAUUGAGAGGCGGCUCGCGAUGGGCCAAGGCGAGGACAUCCUUCGAAUGUAUGUGCAUCACAUCGAGAAGGAGGCCGAGCAGAUUCAGCAACAGCAGCAGAUGCAACAGCAACAACACGAAGUACCGCCGCUCGAGGAGAAGUCGAUUCACAACAGCAUGAUGCGAAUCGACGACUCGCUGUCGGCGUUCAAUCUCCGCUUCUACGACACCUACGACGAGGAGGACGUGCCGACACCGACGAUCCACUCGAUUCGCUCAUUUCAGCCGAGCGUCUGGAGCGCCUCGUCGGCGCGCUCAUGCGUCUACCGUCAAUUUCUGCAGCAGCGCGAACGCGGCGACAGUUGGGCCGAAUCGGGUCCGACGCUCUCCGAUCAUUGCUCGCUGUCGACGGAGCCGUCGGUGCACGUCCGUCAAGCCUAUUGGGACAACUACGUGUCGCCGACGUCGAGUGUGCUGUCAUUUCUGCAUCGUCACCUCUACUCGCCGACGUUCGAUUAUGAGAGUAUUGCGAAAGAGGCGAAGCAAUGCUCUCGCUGCGCGUCGUGUCCGCCCAUCGACAUGCCGCCAUCGCACGAAUCCGUAAGUGAGACGAAGCGCGGCGCGUCGUCCGCGCGCGAUUCAUCGCAUGCGCAACAGCACGUCGCGACGUGCGUCGAGCCGCUCUAUCGCGCUCAGCCCGUCACGUUUCGCCUCCCGCAACCAUUCAUGCUGUCGAAUUUGGCCGCCGUGUGUGACGCUUUCGAUGAUGAUCCUGCAUGCUCGAGGAUCGCUUCCGCUUCUUUCAGACCGUCGAAUCUUGCGCCGAUCGGCGUCGACGACGCGCCAACGACGGCGACGAUCGUCGAUCCGCCGCGAAUUCACGAGCCGCCGCCGCCCGUGCCGCGUCUCGUCCUCUCGCCGAAGCGGCUCUCGAUCAUCGACGAGUCGAAAUCGCCGGAGCCGCUUCUCAAACGCAAACACAAAGAGCGCAAAGCGCGCCAACAACACCCGCUUCAUUCGUUCGACUGGCUCAACGUGAGCCCGCGCAAAUUUCGACCGGAGGUGUGCAUCAAAGACGAUCUACCGAAACUGUUCAAAUUUGUGCGAACGUCGCCGCGAGAAUCGUCGCCGGAUUCGGUGGUGUUGAUAAGCCCUAGAUCGCCGAUCGGUCUCGCGUGCAUGCAAGACUGGGAUUCGUACAUCAAGAUGCUUGAAGAGGCUUCCAAGUCGUUCGAGUACCCACCGGAGGAUGAUAUUCAGGAGGAUGAGGAGCUCGACGACGAGGAGAUUGACAUCGACGAGGAUGACGACGACAAUGACAGCCGCACACCACCGUCGACGGCGAUCUCGUGGGAGAUUCGCAGCGACUACACGGAGAACUACACGAGCUCGUCGACAUUGGUGUCGGCGGGCUUGUCGCGCUGCUUCGCGCCGAUCGUCCACUAUCAGACGCCGUGUCACGCCGCGAUCGCCGAGGUGCCGAUCAACAACAAUUGCAACGAGGCGCAACCGAUCGUCGAUGACGUUGGAAAGCGCGAAUUGCAAAUGCCAAGCCCGAUUCCGCUUGAGAGUCAAUCGUCGGAAUCCGACGAGGAGCCGAUUGCGGUGAACGUCGACGCGCUGAAGCAGCGCUAUCCGAGCAACGAGAUCGACCUCGGCGCGUUCGAGCUCGUCGAUUCCGGCUUGUCGCCGCAAGCGCUUCUCUCGAAAGACGAGCCCGUCAUCUUCCAUCAGAGUAUGCCGGUGCAUUCGGUGCACCACGACACCGUGCAGACGGAAGCCGCGUUGGCGAAUCUGAUGUCGGCGCCGUCGAGUAUGCUGACCGACGGCAUUCCGCCGGUCAUGGUCGAGGACAACUAUUGUUUUGUGGUCGAUGGCGAACGCGUGCGAAUGGGCGACAUUCUUGGCGACGAUCAAUGGUGGCGUCACACGUCGCGACCCACCAAAUACUUCUACUCCGAGGAUUUGCGCCAAUUCCAUCGCGUCAAUUGUAUUACUGCGAAGGGCAAGGUGAUCACCGCGAAACUUGCCACCCAAAUUCAUCAGCCGUCGACGUCGAUGUCGCAUCAUCAGAAUCUCGCGUCGGCCGCCGCCUCGUCGUCGAUGAACUCGCAACCGCAGCAUCACAGUAUGACGAACACGCCGCGCUCGUCGAUAUCGGGCGCCACGUUCCAUUCGACGCCGAAUCGAUCCGCCCAUCACGACGCCAACAAGGUGCCUUUGAGCAACGUCUACAAGGUGAUUCGGUUCUAUUCGUUCUGGAAGACGUGCACCUCGUUCCAUCGCAUCGUCACCAUGAUCGACAAGGUCGUCGAUGAGCCGUCGUCGACGCCCGCCGGCGGCAACACAUUCAAGAAGCGCCUAUUCGUGCAAUACCUUUGGCGGAAUGCGAAAGCCGUUGAGAAGGCGCGUGUGCAGAAGGAGUUCGAUCCGCGGCGGCAGCGAUUGUUGCGAUUUGUGACGGAUCCAGCGGCGCGUAAAAGGUUUCAGAAGAUAUUCGUCGAGGAUGAUCUAUUCGCGGAUAUCAUUGAUGAUAACGACAAUGAAAGUGAAUCGGAAGAGGAAAACGGGUUCUCGGACGACGAAUCGCAGAAUAAUAUUGAUCCGCAGCGGCCAAGACGUCGUCAAAAAGUCGAAAUUAUGACGCAUCCUGGAAAAGGUGGACAGGCGAUUCCGGUGUACAGUAAUGAUGACGAGCAUCCACUCGAUGGUCCCCACACGAUUUUGCACGCGGUCCAAUGCCCGAAAAAACUUGUCGCGCCUACGGCGCCUUCUGAUGUCGUCGAUACGAGUUGUUUCGUGUGCGAUGGGAAUUUGGUGACGAUUCAGAUGAUUGAAGACGACUCGGACAACAUUCACUGGAAGCCGACGAUGUCGACAACGCACUACUACGCGACCGACAAUUGGAAAGACGACUUCUAUCGUGUGACGCCGCUGAUGUGCCGCGGCGGCCUGCGCGGCGCCUAUCGCGUCGAUCCGAAAUCGCGCGGCAAAAUCAAACGCGUCGACAUUGUGCGGGUGUAUCGUGUGACGCGACAUUUCAGCUGCUGGAAAACGGUGCCGAUAUUCCAUCGCGUCAUUUCGCUCGUCGAGCCGGCGAUUCCGGCCAACUGUCUGACGAUGAAGCAGCGGAAUCUCGUGCGAGCCAACGGCAACAAGCUCAUCCGUCGGCUUUUCGUCCAAUACUUCUGGAGAUGUCGGCAAAGUGAGGCGCUUCGCGAUCAAGUCCUUCGCGAAUACGAGGAGACGUCGAAGAAGACGCGCGCGAAGAAGUCGUGGAUUCGAGUGGUGAAGAACGUGGCACGCCUACGCGUCGCAACCUCGCUAAUGUCCGCAGCUCAAAAAUGA